GAGGUGGUGAGAUGGUGGCCGAAUGUCCACCGGGCUACGUACAGAGAGGCGGCACGAGCGACUGCUACCUCUUCCACAGCGGCAGCAAGAGGACUUGGUACGACGCCACUUCCUACUGCACCAAGCAGAACGGCAACCUCGUCAGGAUUGAAACACCGGACUUGACGGGCUGGCUAUCGCUCCAAAUCGUGGAGUCUGGCAUUGUAAGCGACUCCUCGGAGUUCUGGAUAGACGCCAGGUACAAUGAUACGGCAGAAAUAUGGUACUGGGCAAGCAACGGACAUGUCGUUGACCUGAACUACAUUCCCGAAGAUAAGCGCCCGAGGGAAGGCGACUUCGGGGUGCUUACGACGGACUCAACUCUACUCGGUCAUCAUGAGUCUGCUCAGUACCACUUCAUCUGCCAUCGUCUUAUCA